GGAAAAUGAAUGAUAUUGUUGUAGCAUCAACACCUAUUCAUCAACAACAAAAUAAAAAUCAAAAUAAAUUAACAAAAUUACCUUCAAUUAGAUUAAGAAGAGAAACUGAAAGUGAAGAAAGCAGAGCAAGAAAAAAAGAAUUUCAAAUUUUUGCCCAAAAAAUAAGAAGAGCUGGGCUUAUACGAGAGCACCAAACAUGGACACUUUCACAAGGAAUAAUAAUUUAUAAGGAAGCUUUUAAAGGAGAAGAUUUUGUAACGUGGCUUAUGAGAGAUCAGAAAAUAUGUAAAAAAAUUUUUUUAAAAAUUAAUAGGGGAAAAAUAAAGAAAAAAUUUAAAAAGCCUCUUAAGGCCUUAAGAAUUAUUAAAAAAAUUAAAAAAUCUGAAUUAAAAAAAUAA